AGCGUCUCGUAUCUUUCCGUAUUUACAUGCUCAACAUAUCUCAAAAUCGUGUGGUAUUUGCUUGGAAUUUCGGUGAUUCCUUCGUGAAAUACUUAAAAAAAGAUCACAAAUGCGGUUCAGCAAGAGUUUAUGCCUAUUGUCUAGCAGGACGGUGUAGAAUGUGAUGUUAUUUUUAUGUAUUAAUUCCUAAAAUCUUUAAAGUUGUUCGUUCAGGCCAUUCGAAAGUCCACUUGAAAGUUGCAGGUUAAAAUAAUUUCUACCGCAAAACAACAAAAACCUGUAGAGCAGAAACACCGAAGCCAUGCCUGGAUUAGAAGAGACAUCGCGAGUUGUGCAGAUUCUUGAUGGCUUCCAAAGAAAGCUUGAAUCACAGGGCGAUUACGACAAUGGUGAGGAUCUGGAGCGAAUCAAGGCCAUGCUGAAAAGCCCUCUAUUCCAUCAGCUACUAGCAGUGCAACAGUCUCUAAGAGAACUAAACACACAGUACCACAGAACGUCUUAUGAAAACAUCAAGGGUUUUGACUUUGCUCCAAAUGGGGAAUUGAUCUUCCCCCAAGGGGUCCCGUUUGAGGAGAGUGUGGAUCAAGAAGUGGAUGUUGGCACACCUCUUUCCCAACGGGGUGUCCUGUCACUUGAAUCCGAACCUGACAUGCAUGUGUUUCCUGAUGGACAAGACUAUACUGAAGAAAACAGGGAACAGUUGCUUGAAGAACUGAGUAAAUCCAAGUACGGGGAAGACGAAGCAUUUCAGGCAAAGAUUGAAGGGCUUGCACAGGGACGUGAGGUGGAGACGGUUGUUCUUAAUAAGCCUGGCCAAGGAGGGCUGGGAUUCAGUGUUGUUGGACUGAAAAGUGAGAAUCGAGGAGAGCUUGGUAUCUUUAUCCAGGAGAUUCAAGAAGAAGGUGUUGCUGGGAGGGAUGGUCGCCUACGGGAGAGUGACCAGAUCCUGUCUAUUGAUGGGCAGCAGCUAGACAGUGGUAUAUCUCACGAGGAAGCCAUUGUCUUGCUCCAGAAGACCAGGGGGGAGGUAGAAUUGAUAGUUGCACGAGGUGGUAUUCCCAGGACAGGGACGUCACGCACCACAUCUGGUGCCAGUUCUGUGAUAUCCAGAACUCCGUCUAAUGUCAGCUUGGUCUCCGAUGCAUCGACCACCAUCCCAGCUGACGAUGGAACCCACUGGAGGCAAAUUGAGACAAUAGACCUACACAAUGAUGGAACAGGUCUUGGAUUUGGCAUUAUUGGAGGGCGGAGCUCUGGAGUGUCAAUCAAGACUAUCCUCCCUGGAGGGGUAGCUGACAAGGAUGGUCGUCUACAGGAGCAUGACCAGAUUAUGCAGAUAGGAGACGUGAAUGUCGGCGGCAUGGGGAGUGAGCAGGUGGCACAGGUGCUGCGCGAUGCAGGGUCCCACGUCAGACUCGUCAUAUCCCGCCUGGUGGAGAAUGAGCCCCUUCAGGACCCCCCACAGGCGGUGCCACAGGAAGCGGGCGAGGAAGAUGUGGAGUUAUUUAAUGUUGAUUUGGUCAAAGGAACCCGGGGCCUGGGAAUAACCAUUGCUGGAUACAUCGGUGAAGCUAAUUCAGAUGAGCUUGCAGGGAUAUUUAUCAAAAGCAUAGCACACGGGAGCACUGCUGCACUUGAUGGCAGGCUGAGGGUCAACGAUCAAAUAAUCCAGGUUGGUAGUGUUAGCCUUCAUGGGAAGAACAAUGGUGAAGCUGUCGAAAUCCUGAAGCAAACUGGGCCAGUUGUUAGUUUGAAGGUCGCACGGCAUAUCCCCGGCAAGCAUAGCAGGCCAGAAACACCACAAUCGACACCCCUCUCACCAGGAAGGCAAACACCUCAAUCUUCGCAUAGUCCUAGGUCAGUUACUCCGGUUGUCAUCCAGCCUGAGAAAUCAAUUGCAGUGGAAUCAGCAGAUGCUAAGGCUGAAGCGGAGUUGCAAAGAGAACUCCAGACCCUGGACACAGAAGCGGUAAAACAACACUAUCAGACCAUAAUUGGUGAUAAUAUGGAGAUACUGGUGGCUGAGAUGACUAAGUUUAGUCCAGCUGGUGGACUUGGGAUCAGUCUUGAAGGCACUCAGUAUCCUCUAGAUGGCUCAAUGCCAUGGCAUAGGAUACAUGCAGUCAACCCUGAAGGCCCUGUUGGCAAGAAUGGCAUCAUACAGUCUGGAGAUCACUUGAUCGAGGUUAAUGGUGUUGGAGUGUUGGAUCUCGGUCACAAUGAAGUAGUGACUUUAAUCCAGUCACUUCCCAUGGAGUUCAGACUGGUAGUAGCCAGGAAGAAAGAUUACCCAGAAGAACCAGAGACAUCAGUCACCAUGAGUCAGUCAGAGGUCGAGAGCUUGCCAACGGUUCAGCUAGAUGAUGUCAGCUCUACUAUUGAUGCGCCUGUGGGUACUGGCCCCAGUCCAUCAUCCUCCCGCCGCCAGAAGUCUGUUAGUGACCAGUCAAUGUGGUCAAACAAGAUAGAAUAUGUGGAGCUGGAAAAGGCGGAUAAAGGCCUGGGCUUUAGCAUCCUAGAUUACCAGGACCCGUCAAACCCCGAGAAGACAGUAAUUGUGAUCCGAAGUCUUGUGCAUGGAGGUGUGGCAGAACAGGAUGGCAGUCUCCAUCCUGGGGACCGACUCAUGUCUGUUAAUGAAGUCAACUUAGAGCAUGCAUCGCUUGACUUUGCCGUACAGACGCUCAAAGGCACAAACAGGGGUAACGUGAUCAUCGGAGUGGCCAAACCCAUCCCUGUCCCUGAUGACUACGAGGAGGAUAGCAACCAGGGCGAGUCGCUGCCUGACACCAAACGACCCUUUCUACCGACAUUUGACCUGGACAAUGAGUCGAGACCUGGCAAAGCCGACAUAAGUCUGAUGGACAAUAUCGAAAAUAACGGCAAAGAUAGUGACACAGAUUCGAUGGUCACGAGCGAGCAAUCCUCAAAGUUCGACUUUGGGCCGCCAUUACUCUUCUCGGGUGACUCGCUAGACCUGGACAACCUCCCGGACUCAGUCAAGUCCCGGAUGCAAACAAUUACGAUCAGACGACAAAUGGUCGGUAAACUCGGUGUAUCACUAAAGGGCGACGAGGACGGGUCCGGCUGUGUGGUGACGUCAGUCAUGAGGGGCGGUGCCAUCGCGAUUGAUGGACGUAUUGGUGUUGGGGACCACAUCGUAGCUGUCAAUGACGAGAGCUUGAUUGGGCUAUCCCGACAUGCGGCAAGGGCCGUGCUUCGAAAACAAUCUCUGCAGAAAGACAUUGUGUUCACGUUUAUUGAGGGCACACACACAGACGUGAGGAACAGAGUUCAUUCGCCAACCUCGUUCAUAGAUGACAGCUGUUCGUCAUCUCAACUCUCGCUCCAGUCCACCAGCUCGCAGCACGUGCCGGAGAUAGAGGAAGACCCGGCAACUACCAGGGUUUCCAUUGAUAAGCAGGAAGCGUCAACUCGUGAAGACAGCCCCGCGUUCCUGACGCCGUUCGACGUGCCUUUUGUAGAGACCGAAAGCGGACUUCGUGUUGUGGAGCUACGACGGGAGCCCGAGGUGGGCCUGGGUAUUAGUAUUGCGGGCAACAAGCGUGGUCAGCGGCAGGGUGUUCACGUCAGACAUGUGCUGGAGAAUAGUUCGGUGGCCCGACUCGGCGAGCUUAAGGCCGGAGACCAGAUCCUAGAGGUCGACGGUCACGACCUCCGUAACGCCUCUCACGAGGAAGCUGCGGAAGUGAUCCGACGAGCUCGAAGUCCUGUCCGAUUUGUGAUCCGGACUAUCCAGGACAAGGAAGAUCCUUUGUCUUUGGACACAAUGGGUAGUCCUAGCAGUUUCGAAGGUCCCGUGACCACCAUCAAUGCUCGCACGAGUUACGAACCCAGCCAGCCAAUCACAGCGCGAGAUGACUUACACAAGGAUAUCCCCAUCUCGGCCAAGAACCUGGACUCCCCACCACGUGACUCCUCAUCACGUGACUUCCCAUCACUUGAGCAGACCGCGCCUCAUAAGGAGCAAACCAUUGAAGCUAACGUGUCGGCUCCAGACCACAGCGAGAUGCCUUCCUACGAGGAUAGGAUACGAGAGCUACAGGCCAAGUACCCGGAUGUUACGGGAGAGCACCUGUUAGUGAGCCUAUCCAAGGGUAACACUGGACUGGGUCUGAGUAUCGCUGGAGGGAAGGGCGUCGCCGUCAAUCGUAUCUUCAUAGUGGACGUCAAACCCGGCGGACCGGCUGAACAAGAUGGCCGCAUCAAACAAGCCGACGAGAUUCUCGAGGUCAACCGAACCCCUGUACGAGGGAUGUCCCACUACCAGGCCUCCACGGUACUGAAAAACACAGGCACUAGCGUGGAGCUUGCGCUGGGACGAUCACGUGAGGCCGCCGAGUACUUGAGCCGCACGAGACAGCAGGCAUCGCCACAUUCUACCGAACCAGACAUCAAGCCCUCGAACAUCCAGACCACGGAGAGCACGCCAAGUAUAUCCCCCAGGGGGGUGGAGGUAGCAGCAGGGCCGCGCCGCACCCCUCCCCCCGUGGCGCCAAAGCCCGAACGCAGCACUGACAGCUUGAAGAGGUCUAGUCCCCAGGCUGGCUCGGUCACGGUAUCGCCGACUCUGUUGGCUGAGCUGUCGGGUGGACAGCUGGUUGAAUACAUCGACUUUGUUAAGGGACCCACUGGUCUUGGGUUUGCUGUGGUUGAAGGGCCGGGCUUCCGAGAAGGCGAAACUGGUAUCUAUGUAAAAAGCGUUACUGAGGGAGGCUCGGCAGCUAAGGACGGCAGGUUGCGCAAGGGAGACCAGCUUAUCGCUGUGGAUGACCAGGCCAUAGUCGGUCUUUCCCACGCAGAGGCGGUUCGUAUUCUGAAGAGAACUGAGGGGCAAGUGUCUCUAGUGAUCGCUAGACGUCACCCUACAACCAAACCAGCCCAGCCCGCGCCAACUCCGACCUCGUCAUCAGCACAGGCUGUUAUGUCUCGUCCCUCGCCCCCUGGGCAACCAGUACAGGCCCAACCCUCACCACCAGCGCAGCCCGCCUUUGACCGACCCUCACUCCCAGCGCAGCCUGUGGUUGCCAGACCCUCACCCCCAACGCAGCCUGUGCUUGCCCGACCCUCACCCCCAACGCAGCCUGUGCUUGCUCGACCCUCACCCCCAGGGCAGCCUGAUGCCAGGGAUAAGCCAGUGAAUGCAAAGGAACCAACGCCAGUGUCAGUUGCUGUAACGGCUACCGCUCCAAAUGAUCCCGCACCAGACCCCCGAACCACCCCGAUCAUCCCCGGUCAGGAGUGUCUGAUAGAAAUCCCCAAGGGAUCAACAGGCCUGGGACUGAGUAUUGUUGGCGGCGCGGAUACUUUGCUGGGAACAAUCGUUAUUCACGAAGUGUACGAAGAUGGAGCAGCUGCAAAGGACGGCAGGCUUUGGGCAGGAGACCAGAUACUUGAGGUGAAUAACUGUGAUUUAAGGGAAGCCACUCAUGACAUGGCCAUCAAUGCGCUGCGUCAGACCCCAGCAAUAGUCAGGCUUAGAGUACUACGGGACGAGUCUCAGUACAAGGACGAAGAUGCGUUUGAAUACUUGAAUGUGGAGUUGCUGAAGGUGCCCGGUCAGGGCCUGGGGUUGAGCAUAGUUGGCAGGAGAAAUGACACGGGAGUCUUUGUCUCUGAUGUGGUACGAGGAGGUGUCGCAGAGAGGGAUGGGCGGCUGGUACCCGGGGAUCAGAUCUUGUCUGUGAACGGAGAAGACCUGAGAAACGCAACACAGGACGUGGCCGCCAGCCUCCUCAAGAGGACGACUGGCCGUGUCUUACUGAACGUUGCCAGGCUCAAGCCUGGUAAUAGCUCUCGGCCUUCGUCACUAAGCAGCCUACCGCAGCUUCAGAUUGGCGCCGAGUCAACAAGCAGUAUUGAGAACUCCUUCCCUCCUGUCAACUACGAUCUUGAUAUACCCUCUGAACCCGAAGCUAACCAGCGUGCGACACCACCCCUCCCCGUGCAGCAAGACUCACCGAGCCAAUCAGACGACGAAGAGGAGAGCGAAAGUCCUCUACAGACCAAAAUCAUCGAGCUGGAGCGGGGCCCCGAGGGACUGGGGUUUAGUAUCGUUGGGGGGCAUGGCAGUCCCCAUGGCGACCUGCCCAUCUACGUCAAGACAGUCUUCCCGACAGGCGCCGCGUCACGUGACGGCAGGCUCAAGCGAGGUGAUCAGAUCAUCGCCGUCAACGGGCAAAGCCUUGUAGGGGUAUCCCAUGAGUCCGCGGUGUCGCAACUGAAGAAAACCCGAGGAAAAAUAAUACUCACAGUACUCUAUUAAGGCUUGAAAGAGCACCAUAUAGGAAGAAGCAUUCUGAUAGGCUCGAGAAAUUUGAUACACAUUAUAAAGGAAACAUUGACACAUUGUACAUACCACUUGAGAGAUGUAUCUCCAUUUUAUUAGAAUUUUGUUUGAGGAAA